AUGGCAUCCAACCACUUUAUUCUCAUUCUCUUCUUUGCUCUUCCUCUCACAGUACCAUCAAUUACUUUCGCUGGUCCUGCAUCUGUUGUCGAUAUUUCUUCACUCAAUCGAAGUAGUUUUCCGACAGGCUUCGUUUUUGGAACAGCAUCGGCAGCAUACCAGUAUGAAGGUGCAGCAAAAGAAGAUGGAAGAGGACCAAGUAUGUGGGAUGAAUUCACCCACAAAUAUCCAGAGAAAAUAAAGGAUAAAAGUAAUGGAGAUGUAGCAGUUGAUCAGUAUCAUCGCUAUAAGGAAGAUAUUCAUAUAAUGAAGAACAUGAAUCUGGAUGCAUACAGAUUCUCCAUCUCUUGGUCCAGAAUCCUACCUAAAGGAAAGCUGAGUGGAGGUAUAAAUCACGAAGGAAUCGAUUAUUACCACAACCUCAUCGAUCAUUUGCUAGUCAACGGUAUACAACCAUAUGUAACACUUUUUCACUGGGAUAUUCCUCAAGCUUUACAAGAAGACUACGGUGGUUUCUUAAGUCCUCUCAUUAUAAAGGAUUUUGAAGAGUAUGCGGAACUUUGUUUCGAAGAAUUUGGAGAUAGGGUGAAACACUGGAUUACUUUAAACGAGCCAUGGUCUUUUAGUAGGGGUGGUUAUGCACUUGGGAGCUUUGCACCAGGUCGAUGUUCUCAAUGGCUAAAUCCAGAAUGCACUGGUGGUGAUUCAGGAACAGAACCUUAUAUAAUUUCACAUUAUCAACUACUUUCUCAUGCAGCAGCUGUUCAACUCUACAAGAAAAAGUAUCAGGAAUCUCAAAGGGGUGUCAUAGGCAUAACACAUGUUUCUCAUUGGUUUGAGCCAUUUUCAAAUACCACAUCAGAUAAAGAAGCUGCUCAACGAGCUCUUGACUUUAUGUAUGGAUGGUACAUGGAACCACUGACAUCAGGAAAGUAUCCAGAGAGCAUGCGUUCCAUAGUUGGUGAACGAUUGCCAGAGUUCACUGAAGAAGAAUCAAAACUUGUUGUUGGUUCAUUUGAUUUUCUUGGAUUAAACUAUUACACCACUUACUAUGCUGCCGAUGCACCCAAAACCAAACCUAAUUAUGAAACAGAUUGCAAAGCCAAUCUUUCAUCUUUUCGUAAUGGCGUUCCAAUAGGUCCAUCGAGCGGUUCUAGUUGGUUAUACGUUUACCCUAAAGGAAUUAGAGAAUUGUUGCUCUAUACAAAGGAAAAGUACAACGAUCCUUUGAUUUACAUAACUGAAAAUGGUGUAAGUGAAUUGGAUGAACCGACAGUAUCGUUAGAGAAAUCCCUUGACGAUAAACAUAGAGUUGACUUCUAUUAUCAUCAUCUCUAUUAUAUAAAUUCGGCAAUUAGGGAUGACGUAAACAUAAAAGGAUAUUUUGCAUGGUCAUUGUUGGACAACUUUGAAUGGAAUGAUGGUUAUGCGGUACGCUUUGGAAUACACUUUGUGGAUUAUAAGGAUGACUUAAAGCGACAUGAAAAACUGUCUGCAAAAUGGUUUAAGAACUUUCUUAAAACCUACUAG